UUAGAUGUAAUUGAGCUUUUCAUGCAGCACGCCCAUUAUGGCCAAGGCGCUUCUUCACUCUUACUCAUCCUUAGCCACCUAUCCUACCUUCCCCAAAACCCAGAAAAGUCCAUCUCUCCAACUCUCCAAACUCUCCGAACAUCGCGCUACUACUACGUCUCUCAAAGAAAUCUGCAAGAAUGGAGAUCUCAAAAGAGCUUUUCUCUCUUUCACUUCUUUCUUUGCCAACCAAAGCCCCCCUCCAUUUCCUCUAGACGAAGCUUAUUCCUCCAUUUUAGAUCUUUGUGCCCUAAAAAAAGCAAUAGAACAAGGUCAGCAAAUCCAUGCCCACAUUCUGACAUCCAAUUGCGCCUUUGAUUCCGCGUUUUUGAGCACCAAACUUGUCUUCAUGUAUGGAAAAUGUGGAGCUCCAAUGGAGGCUCAGAAGUUGUUCGAUCAAAUACCCCACAGAACAAUUUUCACGUGGAACGCAAUGAUUGGUGCUUAUGUUUCAAAUGGGAAACCCUACAGAGCACUUCAAUUGUAUCGGGAAAUGCGGAUGUUGGGAGUUACUCCUGAUGCUUGCACCUUUCCUUGCAUACUUAAAGCCUGUGCUGGGCUCAUUGAUCUUCAGUCUGGGGCUGAGAUUCAUGGUCUAGCGAUCAAAUGUGGGUUUGGCUCUUUUCUAUUUGUUGCCAACGCACUUGUGGCGAUGUAUGCGAAGUUCAAUGAUUUUAAUCGGGCAAGACAGUUAUUUGACAGGAUGGUAGUCAAAGAGGAUGUUGUGUCAUGGAAUUCUAUAAUCUCAGCAUACUCAGCAAAUGGCCAGCCUCUUGAGGCACUGAGGCUUCUCCGGGAAAUGCAGAAGGGUGGUGUUUCCAUGAAUUCAUAUACUGCUGUCGGCGUUCUCCAAGCUUGUGAUGACCCAUCCCUUAUUAAAUUGGGUAUGGAGAUCCAUGCCGCUGUCUUGAAAUCCAGUUUGUAUCUCCAUGUUUAUGAGGCCAAUGCACUGGUUGUCAUGUAUGCAAGAUGUGGUAGAAUGGAUAAAGCAGCAAGAGUGUUCAAUAAGAUGGAUGAGAAGGAUAAUGUUUCAUGGAAUUCUAUGCUUUCAGGUUUUGUGCAAAACGAACUUUAUGACAAAGCUGUUGGAUUUUUCCAUGAAAUGCAGGAAACUGGUCAGAAACCUGACCUGGUUUCAAUCAUAAAUAUUGUUUCUGCUUUAGGUCGGUUGGGGAGCCUGUUUAAUGGGAUGGAGUGCCAUGCUUACGCAAUUAAACACGGACUACAUUCUGAUUUGCAGAUAGGGAACACACUUGUUGAUAUGUAUUCCAAGUGUUCUUGUGUAAGUUAUAUGGAGCGUGUGUUUUACAACAUUCCUGAUAAAGAUUUGAUAUCGUGGACAACAGCCAUUGCAGGUUAUGCUCAGAACAAGUGUUAUUUGGAGGCCUUGAGAAAGUUUCAAGAGGUACAGAUGAAAGGGAUAAAGGUGGAUGAAUUGAUGAUUGGGAGCGUCCUACUUGCCUGUAGUGGAUUGAGGUGCACUUCCCAUGUGAAGCAAAUUCAUUGUUACAUAAUGAGACGGGGGUUAUUUGAUCUUGUGCUGCAGAACAUUGUUCUGGAUGUAUAUGGAGAUUGUGGAGAUAUUGAGUAUGCAUCACGAAUGUUUGAGGAGAUGAAGGAUAAAGAUAUUGUGUCUUGGACAAGCAUGAUAUCUUGUUAUGUCCAUAACGGGCUCGCUGAUGAGGCGCUUGACCUCUUCUCUGAUAUGAUGCAUAAUGGUAUUGUACCUGAUAUGGUAUCAAUAGUUAGCAUACUCUCAGGUGCUGCCAAUUUGUCUGCUUUGAGGAAAGGAAAAGAGAUACAUGGAUUCCUCACUAGAAGGGACUUCGGUUUAGAUGGAUCCCUUGCAAGUGCCCUUGUGGACAUGUAUGCAAGGUGUGGGACCAUAGAUAGCUCUUACAAGAUAUUCAACAGAAUUAGAUCCAAGGACUUAAUUCUGUGGACUAGUAUGAUCAAUGCAUGUGGAAUGCAUGGCCGUGGUAAGGAGGCAAUUGGCUUGUUUGAAGCAAUGAAGGAAGCAAAUCUUAUACCUGAUCACGUUACCUUCUUAGCACUACUCUAUGCAUGUAGCCAUUCAGGAUUGAUCGAUGAAGGGAGAAGAUAUCUUGAACUUAUGAAAAAUGAAUAUCAGCUGGAGCCAUGGCCUGAGCAUUAUGCAUGUCUGGUCGACCUUUUAGGACGUGCAAAUCGUUUGGAUGAGGCAUACAAAUUUGUGAAAAGUAUGCCAAUUGCACCAACAGCUGUUGUAUGGUGUGCUCUCCUUGGGGCUUGUCGGGUUCACUCUAACAAUGAACUGGGAGAAAUUGCAGCACAUAAGCUUCUUGAACUUGAUCCAGAAAAUCCAGGGAAUUAUGUGCUAGUUUCAAAUGUUUUUGCUUCCAUGGGAAAGUGGAAGGAUGUUGAUGAAGUUAGAAUGAGAAUGAAAGGAAUGGGAUUGAAGAAGAAUCCUGCAUGUACUUGGAUUGAGGUAGGUAAUAAGGUGCAUGCUUUCACUGCGAGGGACAGGUGUCAUCCACAAACACAAGAAAUCUACUUGAAAUUGGAUCAAAUGACUGAGAUAUUGGAGAGUGAAGGAGGUUAUGUGGCUGACACAAAGUUUGUUUUGCAGAAUGUGCAGGAAGAAGAAAAGCUUAAGAUGCUUCAUGGCCAUAGUGAGAGGCUUGCCAUUGCAUUUGGUCUGAUUGGAACCUCUGAGGGUACACCCAUCCGAAUUACAAAGAACCUCCGGAUCUGUGGCGACUGCCAUGUGUUCACAAAGAUGGUGUCAAAGUUCUUCAAACGAGAAAUUAUCAUGAGGGAUGCCAACAGAUUUCAUCAUUUCAAUGGUGGGGUCUGUUCUUGUGGAGAUUUUUGGUGACUUGAGUAAAUACUUAGG